AUGAAUGGAUUUCUAAUUGAUGAUUUUUAAGCAAGUACUGGAAAAAAAUAUCUUAAUAUUGAUCUUUACUAUGUUUAAUAUGGUCUAAAUUAUACAAAUCAAUACCUAUUACCAACAGAAGAUUGUGGAAAUACCUAUCCACAAUGGUAAGGGUAUAUUUGUAUAGAUUUUAAGAAUAUAAGUGAUGAAAUGAAAACAAUGGUGUAUUCUGAUUCAUUAGAGUCGACUAUUGAAAUUCAAUUUUCAUCAUGUGCAGGAGAAUAAAAUUGCUCAUCAGAGUAAGAAACUUUGGAUAUGCUAAUCAAACAGACAACUUUUCUAGAAGUUUAUAUAGUUACUUAACAAUAUAACUAUACUUCUGGUCAAUUUUAAUAAAGUUAUGUAAUGGAAAUAUAUUAAUUAGAUGAUUUAUUAGUUGUUUAUGGAAGUUUUGAUGGCUAUGGAUACAUAACCUUUUAGUUGGAUUAAACAUUCUGCAAAUAAGAGUAUUAAUUCCCUAUGAUAACUGAAAUAUUAUCAUAGUUUGUUUCUUUAUUCAACAUUCUAAUGUUCUUUGGAGUAGUUGCAUCUAAUUUUUCUAGGAAAUUUAUGCUUUAAAAUCUAUGUGAAUUAUAUUUAAAAGAGCAAUUUAAAUGCACAGCAGUAAACUUAAUUGGAAAAUAAGAAUGCGAUUCUCAAAAAAAUGAUAAAAGUUCAAUAAUUAAUAUAAUUAAACAUGGCAAUAAAAGUUAUUCUAACUAAGGACUAGUAUGCUGCAUUAAAAUUUUGUGGUUGCGACUUUGA